UGUCCUUGGAGAACAAGUUCAAGCUGACUCCAGAACCUUCCAUACACCCUUUGUUAUCCACAUUUUACCAGAACUUUCCAGAUUCUCUCCACUAUAUAUAAGAGCCUCCUCUCCCAUUUUGUUUCCUCAAUCAAAAUUUCAUCCAACUAACAAAAAAACCAGUAUUAAUUCAUUGAAUUGCAUUCAUUUUAAUAUUUUGAUUGAUCGAAGAUGCCGAUGCGACCAACAGGCGGAUUGAAACAAGAUUGGGAUCCAAUCGUGCUGCACAAGCCAAAGAUGAAGGCACAAGACCUGAAGGAUCCGAAAGUUGUGAACCAGGCAUUGCGAACUGGAGCACAAGUUCAAACGGUGAAGAAAUUCGACGGUGGAUUGAACAAGAAGGCGGCGAUGGCGGCAGUUAAUGUAAGGAAGCUAGAUGAGGCGGCGGAACCAGCGGCACUUGAGAAAGUGCCAGUAGAUGUGAGGCAAGCGAUACAGAAAGCGAGGAUUGAGAAGAAGAUGAGCCAAGCUGAUCUAGCGAAGAAGAUUAAUGAAAGGACGCAAGUUGUUGCGGAGUAUGAGAAUGGUAAGGCGGUGCCUAAUCAACUUGUGUUGGGGAAAAUGGAGAAAGUGCUUGGUGUUAAACUUAGAGGUAAAAUUCACAAGUCAUGAAAAGUAUAGUUUAAUUUGUGUGGAAAUGGAAAGGCUAUAGUUGUUCUUGUAUAGAUGUGAAGGAUCUCAGUGUUUUCUAAUUUGUUUUUAGAAAAUUAAUAGUGAUAUGUUAUUUUUAGAUUGUGUUGUUGCUCUCAGACAA